CUUGCCCGUCAACACUUGUCAACAGACUUCUUCAGCACAGUGCUGCACAGUGUAAUUGGCUAUGUGUGCUUUCGUGCCUUUUCUUUAUUUUAAUUUAAAAUGAAGAAAAGGAACGAACUUUUCGGUUUCGUCUUAAGGAUUUGUGGGAAGUCCUUAUUUUCUUUUCAUACUAUAGUAAGUUUUAAAAAUUCUAUUGCUUAUACUUAUACUUUAUUCACUUUAUUUUCCUUUCUUAGACUUUUUAUUAAUAUUUUUUUAUGAAUGAUCGAUGUCGAUGGUGAGACUAGCUCACUUGCACUUAGUUUUGUAUAUCGUACUGAAUAUAUUGGAUACUAUAUUAUUAUUACAUUUAUUUAUAUGAAUAUGUUUUGUUAUCCCGAUGCCGAUACACUGUUAGUAACAGUCAGUGUUAGUGUUAGUAUAUAGCAUAUGUAGUAUAUAAUAUAUAUAUUAUAUAUAUAUAUAUAUUAUAUAUAUAUAUAAAAUAUAUAUAUAUAUAUAUAUAUAUAUAUUUAUAUAUAUAUAUAUAUAUAUAAUAUUAUAUAUAUUAUAUAUAAUAUAUAAUAUAUAUAUUAUAUAUAUAUAUAUAUUAUAUAUAUAUAUAAAAUAUAUAUAUAUAUAUAUAUAUAUAUCUUUAUAUAUAUAUAUAUAUAUAUAAUAUUAUAUAUAUUAGCAUUUGUCGAAGUAUUUAAGUAACUUUGCACAUUCAGUCAAAUUUGAAUAUUAGAUUUCUGUUUCCCCAUAGACUUGAAUAUCUGCGAGUUCUUCUUUAUAUUGCAUAUUUGAAAUAUCAGACCAAUCCACUAACAUUGGCUGCAUCUUUCAAGUUGAAAAAUCAGUUUGUUUUAAAUGAAAAAUCUUUCAUCUAAAUCAGCUUACAAAAUUUUUAUAGAUGAUUGACAAUUACAAGUAUAGUGGUAUCAAUCACUUCAAAUUUUUUGAGCCAAUGAAACUUUUCAACACUUUUGUUAGAAAUUAUUUCUGACACAAUUCAGUAAAUGUAAUGAAACCAAAUAACUUCACUUUUGCAUCAACAAGAGUUUUAUUUGUUCCUUGAAGUUGGUUUGUUAAUAUAUUUAGUUGUUUAAAGAUAUCGGAUAAAUAACUCACAAAUGCUUUACCAUCAACUGUUAACAGGUACUUCAUUUCAGAUUUCUCACUUGAAAAGUCACCAAGAGUAUCAAAUAGUUCCAUACAUCUUUUCAAGCCAUUUCCUUUCGAGAGUCACCUUACUUCAGUGUGAAGUAAAAGUCUCACAUGGUCUGCUUUUGUUCUUCACAAAAUAGCUUGAAAAGACACACACAUUUGGAAUUAGCUUUAAUAGCAUUGAUACACUUUAUAACUGAAUUUAUUACUUCAUUAAGAAGAGGUGAAAUAUUUUUAGCUACCAAGUUAUAACUAUAAAUAACAAAUUGCACAAGACACAUUACUGGAUUCUAAUCCGUAUAAUAUUUAAAGAAGCAUUUUUUUUGUCCAUCAAAUCAGGAACACCAUCUGCUGCAAAAUAUUUUAUAUUUUAUUUUUCAUUGGUAUAUUAUUGACAUUAAGUAAUUUUGCUGCUUAUUAUAUAUAUCUUUGGCAGUAAUGGUACUUUUGAUUGAUUUACAGAACAACAUUUCUUCAACAAAAUCUCCUUUAUCAAUAAUAUAUCUGACGUAAGUUAUCAGUGCGGCCUCACUGCUCUCAAAGUUAAUUCAUUCAUUUGCACUGAGAAUUUUUUUUUUCAGCUUUCAAUUAGUAUUUCAAUCUUCACUCAUUUUCUCUCUUUUUUAUUUUUUAUUUUUGCUAACAGUAUUGUUACUGAGUGUCAUAGCUUUCAUGUCUUUGUCAUCUUUUUCCAGAACAGUUUUAAGAAAUUCUGAUAGUGAUGGUUUGAUUAAAUUCUCUCCUAUAGCCUAUAGUAUGAUUUUUCCGAGAUUUAGCUAUGAGUAAAGAAAUUUCAUAAGCAGCAUCAAAAGUAUGAUUGUCAGUUGCAGUAUGAGCAGUAAACAGAGAAUUUAAGGUUGUUCUUUUUCAUAAAUGUUUCUUUAAUGUUUGAAAGUAAUUCAGAUCUGAAAUAAUAUGACAACUAUGUUUGGCCUUCAAAUGCGCCUCAAAACGGUUGGUUUUCAAAUUCUAGACAGCUCAAAUUGCCCCCCUUAACACUCUAAUUGCCCCACUGUGGGGCGUUGGCCCCAUGUUGGGAAACACGGCAGUAGAGCAUUCAGAACGCUGAUGAUCUGAAAUGUCAGUUACCAGGACAGCCCUUCUUUUAUUAUUAUUGUUAUGGUAACAUCUGGAUGGCAAGGAAUAUUUGUGUACAAACACCAGAAAGCAAUAGCAACUCCUGAAUCUAUGUCAAAUGGGCCAAAAUUUCCAUGACAUCAUUUAUGUAUAUAUAUUUAAGAUCUCAUAUAGUCACAAAUUGAGAAAUUGUAUUCAAAAUAAUGCCAGGCUUCAUUUUUGGCUGGCAUAAAUAUUUUCCAUACUGUUUUUAAGUGAAUAAUAGUGGCAUGGAAGUGAUGGUUUCAUAUUUUUUAAGCAAGUUUCAUAUUUUUUAAGCAAAAAUUUUUCUCAUAACUUAGAAUUAACAAUCAAUGUAAUAGAAACUUUCUAAAUUUUUCCCCUUAAAAUAUACUCAGAAGUACAAUAGUUCUAAACUUAUGCUGAGUAAUUGUCAAUAUGUUUUCAGGUCAAUCAUAGGAUCACUUUUAAAUAUUGAUAUUUCUGUAGAAUAGAGAAAAUAUAAAUUAGAUUUUUUCAUCAUUCACUGACCUAUGCCCCCAACAUUUGACCACCUCCCAAAUGCAUAUACAUGCCAACCUGUGGGAACAAAAACUGUACAAAAAGUUUUAAAAAAUGUACAACAGCAUGGAAAACUAUACAGAAAAAAUGAAAAGUUGAAAAAAUUAAUUUAUAAAUUGUUCAUUUAAUUAUUAAUGUUUUGAACGCAAGAAAACUUUACCUUCUUGAUAAUUUCUGGAUUAGAAUGAAAAUUCAAACAGGUUUCCUUGUUAAUUUUGCUCUGUAAAAUAGAUGUGACUGAAUUUUUUUUAAAUAUUGAAUGUUUGAGAAUGAUCUAUCCCAGUCUGCAUGGCUGUGAGGCAUAGAUAAUUCUAGGGUAUUCAGUCAUUGCAUGGCUAAUUCCAGUUUUCUAUUCUUUAAAUUAGGUUCACCCUUUUAAUUUGGAGUCAAAUGGUAAAUUUAAAAAUUAUGUAUUAUACAAUUCUCACUGGUUUCGGCUAUAAAUAACAUAUUCUUAUACAAGGAAGAAGAUUGCACCUGCUUUAGUUUUAGACAGAGUAGCACAUUAAAUUAAGUCAUUCAGUAGUAAUGAAUAGGCAUAAUGACUAAAGCUAUUCAUUGUUAUUUAUUUGAAUACAUUUAAUUAUUUAAUGGAAAUUAAUAGAACACUUAGUGACAUUGUAGUUUUUGCCAAUAAUUACACUAACAAAUGUCUACUGUACAAUCCUGUCUUUUAACUAAUAUCAAUUAUGCAUGCGAUACUAUAUUACAUAGUUACUGGUCAGCAACCAAACAGCACUCAGUUUCUGUAUAUAGAUGGAAUACCGCUCCCAAAACUGGGGCCAAAGGUCAUUUUGAACUACCACUAAGACUUAUGCUUUGAAAAAUGUUGAAUUUAUUGCAAUGCAAUUUGUGAACAUGUGAAAAACAGUACAAAAUGCUGUAUGGCCAUACAACUCUUAAAAACUGUAAAAAGUACCACGUAGCAUAAGUGCAAAUGCAUUUCCAUGGACUCCACCAUAAUCUCCUGGAGCCCAGGUUAAGAACACCUGUUGUUUGAUUUUUUUCCUAUACCGUAUAAAAGCUGUUCCACAAUUCAGUUUAAAUUUGCAAAAUUAAACUAUUAUCAAUUAGUUAAAAUAUCAUAGUUUAUUUAAAAUUAUUUAAGAAACGCAGCUCCAGAAGUUUUGUUUCUUGUAAAAAGCCCAUUUGAUAGUGUGAGAUUUUAUUGCAGAUUAAUUUUUCACUGUCUCAGUGUUGAUACGCUAAUGCUGGUAAACAUGUUUCAGAAAUUUUUUUUACAUAUACUCUUACAUGUUUCAGACAUUUUUUUUUGUUAAAUAGAAGCUUUAAAUUUAAUAAAAAAUUACUUUAUUUCUGAACCUCUGAUGGUCUUUUUGUUCUUCAAACAUCCACUAAUUGCUUGCUCUAUCUUUGUCUUGCGUUCCACCAGCUAAAAGCAGCGCGCACAAGAGCAGUUUAGCCGUACUUGUGCAAAAUGAGGAUUCACAUCAGGAGGAUCUUUUAUGCUGUUUGUCUUGGAUUUGCCACGCUGUGCAUUUUCUCAACGGUGUAUUUGUUUUAUGGUAGAGGAUCCCUUAAGGUCAAGGCUGACACCCUCAAUAACAUUUUGGACACCUACCAACAUGCAUUUGCGUCACCCACUCCCUCAGCACUCUACUGGAACAUUGAUGUGGUCAAAGAGGAGUUUAAAAACAUGAGUAGAAGUUCUCAAGAAAAUGUUGGAACAAGAAAUGAGGCGGAUAUAAGCGCAGAAAUAUCAGUGGCCAUGACAAUACAAUACAACUUGGAUAUAUUUAAAAGUGAUCAAAUCCCAAUAAAUCGUGAUGUCCCCGAUUCCAGACCUCAGGGGUAAGUCUAAUUUUCUCCAGUUCGCCAAGUAAUAUGCUAUUUCUCAUUUUGAUGAUUCGCUAGUAGGAAACAUUAAAGUGACAUGAAGUGACUUCUUUUAAUAAUUUAAUUAAGAGUAAUCAAUAAUGUUUAAGAAUUUACAAAAAAACAGCAACUUUGCAUUAUAUCAUAUACCUGGGUUUCAACAUUGAGUCCAAACUUUUUGAAAUAUUUAUUACAAAUUUUCUGCAUUCAUAGUUUUAAGAAGCUUUUUCAGAUGCCUUGCAUUAUCCUACACUAGGGAUGGUGCAGGAAAUACAUUGAACCCCAGUGCUUGAGGACCUGGCCUGUCCAGAUGAUAUAAUAUAGGAUUACUGUCUGGCAAGUACCAAGAAGCCCAGGAAAAGUAAAAAAGACUAGCAGAAACCGCCAGCUCCAAUGGCUUCAUGGUUAAUGCCAGGUAAACGCAGGUCAGGAGACAAAAUGGGGAAGAUAGUCCAUGUGAUCAACAGCCCACUGGGCGAUGCGAGUGAGUUGGAAAUCUUGAUACGUAUACGGUGACUUUGACCGAAAGAUCAACACAAGUAUCAGCCAAUGAAACCAAGCAUUUGGAAUGUUGAUAUCCUUACAGAGAUUGAGUGACCUGAGCGUCUACCAGAAUUUUAAAAGCAAUCUCUCAAAUGUCUCCCUCUGUUGAUCACUGGAAGAUCUCUUGGACACCAGAGCAGAAGCUUGAAUUUUUGCCAGAACAAAUUUCAGGCGUGAAAUCAAACAGACACAUUACUGAAGGAAGGCAUGGUCGUGUUUGUAGAAGGCCACCAAGCUCAUUUCAUAGGACAAAUCUAAGGUGAACAACCCAGGGAAAGCAAAGCUGGCAAAGGCAGUAGGAUGGUAUAUGCUGAUUAGAAAUCUGACCCUGCAGGCAGCUCUCACUGAAGCAGCUGAUAAUUGGAAGUGUCAUUGUUUUGCCUUGACCUCAAGCACCAGUCUGUGAAUGAGGACUGAAUCGAAUGAAUGAGAUUAGUGUCUGAUUGAUUGACCAUAAGUUUCUUUUUUUUUUGGUCCUGAUUCAAGGAUCCUUUGCAAUCUUCUAUCACCAACAGAUGCAGUGCACUGGUUUAUCCAGUCAAGCUGCCCACAACAAGCGUGGUCAUUCCUUACCACAAUGAGUGGCCGUCGGUCAUUCUAAGGACAGUGCACAGCCUGAUCAAUCGAACACCAAAACACCUUCUUAAAGAGAUCAUUCUUGUAGACGAUGCCAGUGAUGCCGGUGAGUCUUAUGUUGUUAUCAGCCCAAUUUAGACCACUACAUUUUGCAGAUUGUAGCGGCUGGAGUCAAAAUGUUCAGGCAAGUAUUUUAUUACUUUGUUCAGGGGGUAUUAUAUUUAAAAAAUAUGGGUGGCUGAGUGGUCUAAUCUGAGCAAAUCUCAAGUUGGUGAUCUGGAGUUCAAUCCCCGCCAACGGCCAAUCAAGCAAAAACAUUACCAGCACCCCGGGUGGAGGGGACUCGUUGACCUUGGAUGGCAACUCAUCUAAUAAAAGGAAACUCUGAAUUCGAACCCGAAGAUGGAGUCCCGUAGGCAGAUAACAUUGGUACAAUGAAACAUUCAGACAAAUCCUGCGAUGCCUCUGGUGCAUCCACAUGAUGUUCCCUUGGGUUAUUCAGCGGCGUGGAGAGAGGUGAUUUGCUGUUGGUAAUCAGCUUAUAAUCCUAGAAGAAUAAUCCCAGGCCUUGUGGAUUUCGUCCUGCGAAGUUAACACCAUCAUAACAUUGUGACCGAUGGGUGCACACCAUCAUAACAUUGUGACGGAUGGGUGCCAGGAAAAAAAAAUUAUAUUUAAAAACAAAGAUUUUUAAAAGCAUAGAAAACAACUUUACUUUGGUCGAGUACCAAACAAAUAUUAAAUUUUCACACACCAGGGAUAAAACAGAUGACACCAUGUCGGAUAAAACACCUGACUCCAUGUCAGAUAAAACACCUGACCCAUUGUUACAUAAAAGAAAAAAGAUAAUUUUGACCAAGCUCUCACUUAUCUUGAGUUUCCAUUUUACAUUGAGUUGCUUCAACACUUGCCUUUUUUGUUCCACUGUAGGGAUUUGAUCCCUACACAACUUUUGGCUAACCUGCGUGUUUUAAACAUGUUGUACUCAUUGUGAUUUGAUCCCUACAGGUCCUUCAAAUGACCAGCAUGUUUGAAACAUGUUGUACUCAUUGGGAUUUGAUCCAUACAGGUCCUUCAAAUGACCAGCAUGUUUGAAAUAUGUUGUACUCAUUGUGAUUUGAUCCCUACAGGUCCUUCAAAUGACCAGCAUGUUUGAAACAUGUUGUACUCAUUGUGAUUUGAUCUCUACAGGUCCUUCAAAUGACCAGCGUGUUUGAAACAUGUUGUACUCAUUGUGAUUUGAUCCCUACAGGUCCUUCAAAUGACCAGCAUGUUUGAAACAUGUUGUACUCAUUGUGAUUUGAUCUCUACAGGUCCUUCAAAUGACCAGCAUGUUUGAAAUAUGUUGUAAUCAUUGUGAUUUGAUCCCUACAGGUCCUUCAAAUGACCAGCAUGUUUGAAACAUGUUGUACUCAUUGUGAUUUGAUCCCUACAGGUCCUUCAAAUGACCAGCAUGUUUGAAACAUGUUGUACUCAUUGUGAUUUGAUCUCUACAGGUCCUUCAAAUGACCAGCAUGUUUGAAAUAUGUUGUAAUCAUUGUGAUUUGAUCUCUACAGGUCCUUCAAAUGACCAGCAUGUUUGAAAUAUGUUGUAAUCAUUGUGAUUUGAUCUCUACAGGUCCUUCAAAUGACCAGCAUGUUUGAAACAUGUUGUACUCAUUGUGAUUUGAUCUCUACAGGUCCUUCAAAUGACCAGCAUGUUUGAAACAUGUUGUACUCAUUGUGAUUUGAUCCCUACAGGUCCUUCAAAUGACCAGCAUGUUUGAAAUAUGUUGUAAUCAUUGUGAUUUGAUCUCUACAGGUCCUUCAAAUGACCAGCAUGUUUGAAACAUGUUGUACUCAUUGUGAUUUGAUCUCUACAGGUCCUUCAAAUGACCAGCAUGUUUGAAACAUGUUGUACUCAUUGUGAUUUGAUCCCUACAGGUCAAUUAUAUGACGAACCUAAUUUUUUGUAACUUAUGUGAUAUGACCUUAGAUAUUUUAAGAGCUGGCCCUUUUUUUCUAAUCGUACCAACCACACAAACCUAAGAAUUAAAAAAAAAUGACUAAACUAUGAUCUAUUUACAGGUAUUCUAAAAGUUCAUUUGAAGAACUACAUAGCAGAGCACUUUCCUAAAGAUCUUGUGAAGCUUGUUAUACUGGACACUAGACAAGGUUUGAUAAGGGCACGACUGGAAGGGCUUAAAUAUGUGACAGCUGAGGUGGUCUCCUUCUUUGACAGCCACAUGGAAGUCAACAGAGAUUGGUGGGUAUAGUGGCAGAGAUGGUGGGUAUAGUGGCAGAGAUUGGUGGGUAUAGUGGCAGAGAUUGGUGGGUAUAGUGGCAGAGAUUGGUGGGUAUAGUGGCAGAGAUUGGUGGGUAUAGUGGCAGAGAUUGGUGAGUCUAGUGGCAGAGGUUGGUGAGUCUAGUGGCAGAGAUUGGUGGGUAUAGUGGCAGAGAUUGGUGAGUCUAGUGGCAGAGAUUGGUGAGUCUAGUGGCAGAGAUUGGUGAGUCUAGUGGCAGAGAUUGGUGGGUAUAGUGGCAGAGAUUGGUGAGUCUAGUGGCAGAGAUUGGUGAGUCUAGUGGCAGAGAUUGGUGAGUCUAGUGGCAGAGAUUGGUGGGUAUAGUGGCAGAGAUUGGUGAGUCUAGUGGCAGAGAUUGGUAUCUAUAGUGUAUCAAUACAUGUUUUAGGGGCCAGGUUUUAACCAUAACAAUACAUGUUUUAGGCGGCCAAGGAUCUUAGACACAAACAAAUUGAUGUUUUAAAAACCAUAUCAAUACCUGUUUAAGGUGGGUCUGUAAAGAUGGGGUUACCGGAAAUUUAUUUGAAGGAAAUUUCGUCUAUGGAAAAUUGAUUGACUGAAGUUUGAUCCAAUUUUAAUUUUCAGUUCACACUAUCAAAUUUUCAUCAAAUUUCUUUUUGAACGCAAUAUACUAAAUAGUAAAACAAAAUAAUGGGUUCAAAAAGAAAUUUGACACAAAAUUUGAUAGUGUGAACUGAAAAUUAAAUUUGAUCAAAUUUCCUUUCUACCAAACUUCCAUCUAUCAAUUUUCCGUCAACGAAAUUUCUUUCAAACAAAUUUCCGGAUACGGUAAAAAUGUAUUGCUGCCCUCAGGUUGGAGCCUCUGCUGAAUGAGAUUGUGAAGAACAAGAAAACAAUCGCCAUGGGCCAGCUGGACUACGUUCAUCGGGAGACAUUUAAUUACAACUUCUACCCAGGAUAUCGUACACGUUAUGGCUUCCGCUGGGACAUGCAGUUCUUUGAAACCUAUUUCAGGCCUGACCAGCUGACCGGCAAGCUUGACUCCGACCCUAUGCCGUAAGAUGUUUACAUUGCAUCUGAUCUAUAAACAAAAUUAUUAUAGUAAAACAAAAUUGUGCAGCUGUAGGCAGUGUACCCUCACAUGAAUGAACUAUUUUGUUAAACUGAAAGUUAAGCUCAGUGUCCACCCAACCGUCAGAGGUGUCCUCAUGGUGGGAUUAUUAUAUUUCAGAGGUGUUCUCAUGGUGGGAUUAUUAUAUUUCAGAGGUGUUCUCAGGGUGGGCUGAUUGUUUUUCAAAGAUUUUAUCAUGGUGUGCUGAUGGUAUCUCAUGGGUGUUCUUAUGGUGGACGGCUGAUUAUAUUUCAUAGGUGUUCCACGGUGGGCUGAUUUUUUUUUCAGAGGUGUUCUCAUGGUGGGGCCUGGCUUCACCGUCGAUGUAGAAUAUUUCAAGAGCAUUGGAGAGUACGAUGGCGACAUGAAGAUAUGGGGAGGUGAAAACAUUGAGCUGGCGUGGAGGGUGAGUUGUCUACUUGUCUGUCUAGAGUUGUGUCCAUCAGGUCCAACUUGAUAUUAACUGAGUCCAUAAGUCUAAUCAGGUGGUGAUUGCUAAAGUAUUGAUCUCUCUGUAUUAAACUGUGUAUGGGUGUAAUAUCUCAAGCUGGUAAAAUUGUUGUCUUCCAAUAAUAGAUUAUUAAAACCGCGGGAUCAAUAAAUCGAAACCAACACCACUGCCUUCACCACUGCCAUGACCAACACCACCACUCCAACAACACCACUGCCACCACUGUCAACACCGCCACCACUGCCAACAGCACCAAUGCCAACACCGCUACCACUGCCAACACAGCCACCACUGCCAAAACCAUCACCACUGCGUCCACCGCCACCACUGCCAAAACCGCCAACAUCACCAUCACCACUGCCAACACCACCAUCACUGCCAAAACCACCACCACUGCUAACAACACCACUACCACCACUGCCAACACCGCCAUCUCUGCCAACAACACCACUGCUAACACCACCACCACUGCCAAAACCAUCACCACUGCCGCCACCUCUGCCAAAACUGCCACUACUGCCAACACCAUCACCACCACCACUGUCAAAAUCACCACCACUGCCAAAACCACCACCACUGCCAGAACCACCACUGCCAACAUCACCACCACCACUGCCAAAAACACCACCACUGCCAAAAACACCACCACUGCCAAUAUCACCGCCCCCCUGCCAAAAACACCACCGCCACCACUGCCAACAACACCACUGCCACCACUGCCAACAACACCACCACUUCCAACACCACCACCACUGCCAACACAGCCACCACCAUGCAUUUUGCAAAACGCAAUGCAACACAACACAUGACGGCCAGUGAAUUUAAUUAGUUAAAAUAAUGCAAAGGUUUCAGGAUGUCUCCGUAUAUUUCUCAGAGGUCAUAAAAUAUCUUCAACUUCUGCCGUAACCAUCAUGUCCUUAUGAAUUUCUUUUUUUUUUACCUCCCGUGAGUCAGGUGUGGAUGUGCGGUGGUCAACUCUUACACGUUCCCUGCUCACGGAUCGGACACAUUGAGAGGUCACAGCCGUACAGUUUUCCCCUGGGGCGCAGAGAGACUGAGAUGCACAACUACAAAAGAGCCGUGGACGUUUGGUUAGGAGAUUAUAAAGUCUAUGUUUACAACCUGUUCCCUGGGAUGAAGGUCAGUUGUUUGGUUUUUUAACAUGCCAAAAAAAUAUUUUUUAGGAAUUUGUUGUAGUGUGAAAAUGUCCAUACUUUUGGCUUUAGUGAAAGCAAAUGUCCAUACUUUUGGAUAUAGUGAAAGCAAAUGUCCAUACUUUUGGAUAUAGUGAAAGCAAAUGUCCAUACUUUUGGAUAUAGUGAAAGCAAUUGAAUUUUGCCUGCAAGAAUAUUUUAAUUAAUAAAUAAGUAAAGUGGUUUAUGAAAAUUUUAGGAAUCCAGUUUGAAACCUGUCAUAAGUUUUUACAAGGCAUGUAUGGCUGUUACCCACCGCAAGGUCUGACAGACUUGAGUUUUGUUGAGAUCGUAAGUGGCAUUUGUAAGGUUAUCUAUUUUAAGAACUGUUAAAGCAAUUCUUCUCCCUAUUUUUUUUAUUGAUAUCACAGUUAAAUAACAGCACCUGACACCCGUGCAUUAGGCGGCUGUUACUAAAGCAUGCAGUACAGCACUUGACACCCGUGUAGUAGGCCCUUGUUACUAAAGCCUGCAAUACAGCACUUGAUACACAUGCAGUAGGCUGUUGUUACUAAAGUAUACAGUACAGCACUUGACAUGGGUGCUGUUUUAGAGUGUGCUGGAGAAUCUUUAUUUACUGCCAGUGGGUGCUAUGUGGUGCUAAACUGGUUCAAUCCCAAGUUUGUGCACUGGAGUUCAAGACCCAGCAAAAUCCUAGACAAGCAUCACCACCACCAGCAUCCCGGGUAGAUUGGACUUGUUAACCUUGAUUGUUAACUCAUCUGUUGACAGAAUGAAAAUUCAAACAACUUCUGCCAUUUGGGAUGCAUAAAAAGCACAAUGAAACACACACAAAAAAAACCACUGGUGGUCAUCGAAUGCACCCUGUCGUCAAAACUAAGUCUUGUCAUUGGAUCAAGGAAGUCUGGUCAAGGACCAGGAAGUGAGGGUGAUGAAUUGAGUAACUCUCCCUUACUUAAAACAAAAUACAGCACAACUCAAGGCUACUACUCAAGUCAAGAAUAUCUUGGCGUGCAAUAAACUAUAAUGAUAGUAACAAUGCUGCCAGAGAGGAGUCUGCAGUAAUUGGAUCUGCACUUGGGCAAACUUAAAAUAUUAUCUACAUAGCAGAAAUAACACUUGGAAGGACAAUGUGACUUUGGGUUGCAUUCUAGGCUGAAAUCAGUUAAUUUUUUAAAAACCUUUGUCCCCAUUACUUUUCUUGUUUGAAAUCUGUAUUUAUUAGAUAUUUUUGUUUAUCAUUUUGUAAAAAUUAACAACUGGUCAUCAGAUUCAAAAACAGAUAUCUGAUUAUCGUUUAAUGUCCUUUUUAAGGCCAAACUACCAGCACUCCAGUUCAUGUCAUUCACCUGUCUCCAAAAGAGGAUGGUAUAAUUUUGCUUGAAAUGUUUGGUUAGGCUACGGAACCUGGCCAACAUUUUUUUAAUGGAGAAUCAAAUGUUUCUCAACCAGCAGAUCUACAUCUCCAUGCAACAGAUGAGCGCCAAAGGAAACCCCUGGUGUUACAGGCCAGCUUUUGGAACUUAGUUUUUUUUGCCCCUGUAGUUAUCACUGGAAUUUUGAUUGACUGCCACCGCCUAUAGUUUCUGGCUUUUCUAGAUUUACCAUCUUGGUUGGGCCCUGUUAGGUUAACCAAUGCAGCAGAUGUUUUAUAGUCGGAGCUUUCCAUCUCCUAGAUGAGCCACCUCACCAGGAUGAUAACUCCCAUCAACUGAAUGUGUCUGAUGUUGUUUUGUUUUGUGCUACGGCUGAGGAUUGAGCACACCUUACAACACGUCCACUUGCUAAACCAGCUGGUUGAAUGUCAACAUGUGACAGAGCCUUGGAUUAGUUGCUAGUUAUGUGAUUACUGUACACCAAAGCCACCCCUUGGAUUAGGGGAUUUAAUAGCUGAGUGUGCAUUGGGUUCCGUUAUGUGUUUGGAUUAAGUGGGAUUUUAUGGGUAAUGUUUCUGUUUUAUUUCUAGCUUCUGGAUGUGGGUGAUCUGUCAGAGAGGAAAGCCAUUCGAGACAAGCUUCAGUGCAAAGACUUCUCUUGGUUUAUAAAUAACAUCUGGCCUGAACUGAACCCUUACAAGGAAGAUGCUUUGAAGUGGGGACAGGUAAAAACCUUGUCAUGUCUAGUAGUACAACAUUGUCUGUGGCCUUAAACUCCACAAUAAGUCUUGACAAACAUACUUGUCUCAGAGCCUACAAAUGAUCAGUGCUUUAAAUGUUAAAAGGGAAGUUAAAAUAAAUGUUUGCUGAGUUAUAGAACCUUAACUAAAAAGGAAUACAUUUUUACUACAUGAAGGUCGCUAGUUUGACAUGAAUCUAUGAGAUUGGGUUUCUCUUCUAUUCACGGUUUAAAAAUUAUUACGAUGUUUUAUUCUUUUGUUGCAGAUUAAAUCAUUGGAGGGAGACUAUUGCUUUGACAAUGAUGAUUACGUCUUCCAAGCCCCCAAACCAUUAAAGAUCAAACCUUGCACUGGGUAUCUCAAAACUCAAGCAAGUGAUACAAUUUUUUUUAUAUAAAAGUAGAAAAUUUAGGCUAGUGAUAAAACAUAACCUUAAAAGGAGAGAGAGUAGAACAUCAGAAAUCAAUCCAAUAUCCUCCAACACUGUAUUUCUGCAAUGUUAAGAAAUUUAUCAUCCAUUGGAUUCCAGUCCCACCCUCCCCUCAAUCUCUUCAACCAUUCACUUUCACCCCCUCCCCCACCCCCCCCCAACCACACAAUCACACAAUCUCCACAUCCCUACCUUCUCCCCCUUUCCUGCCACCUAAUUCUCCCCUUUCGACUCUCAUGACCCUUAAAUUCUUGUAUUCUCAUUACACCACUUCCCCGUCAUAAGCCUAGCUUUAAACCAGUAUUUUUUUUCUGCGCGUGUACAAACAGGGGUUCUCUUUGAAGCUGGAUGGCCGGCUCCGAACGACCAUUCAUUGCGUUGUGGCUAAGAUAGAUGGGGAAGGUCUUGUGGCUCAUGUUGAGAACUGCUUCCUGAACCCAAAUGAAAAGUGGAUGUACAACGAGGUGAGCCACGACUUAUUUACUAAUAAAAAAUUUAACAUUUUCACACAGAUAUAUAUGGUCAACUAUUUUUGCAUAGGUUUUUAGUGCUCAUGAUCCUGAGCUGCCGACUAAUGGAGGCAGGAAUUUUUGAGAAAAUAUUUUUAGUCGUCAAACGUAAUUUGAUGUUAUUCUUGGCAACAUAAUCUCAUGAAUCAGAGGGCUUAGUAGCAAAAUGGACUAUUCAACAUGCUAAAAAAACUCACUGACUAAGUCUUUCCUCUUUGGACAUGUCUCUGUGGCCAAGUGAGUUUAUACUUCUUAAUUUUCAAGAUUUUAUAAUCAAGUAUUAGCCCUCUAUUUUGUUUCAGAAAUCUGAUCAAAAUUGUAGCAAUUACAAUUAUCUAUAACUUUAUAUUUUGGUAUCCUCUUAAGAUCAGUUUAAAAACUGUAAUUAUAGAAAAAAACGGAUGCAAAACGUGUCAAUUCUGUUUACUCUUACGAUUUUGGCAUGCAAUGUACGAUUUUGAAAUGCAUUUUUCUAUUGUACACCAAACCUGUCAGGACCACGAUUUUAACAGACUGGGUAGAAAAUAUAUAUCUUCCGAUAGUUUUUCCGAAUAAAAAUAAAAAAUAAUUAAAAGGAACAUUUUCGAUGCCCUUGUGACAAUUUUAGUCAGUCCGGGGCCAUCCUUAUAGAAUGUACUCACUGAGGGGGGAGGGGGACUUGUCGAUUUUUAAGAUAUUGCCUUAUGGGGUGGGGUGGGGGUGGAGGGAGGCUCUGCAGACACUAUUCAUCAUGAAAGUCCAAAACUAGCAUAUUUAUAUAAAAAAUGCUGUAAGUUUAUCAUGCAUUGUUUUAUAGGAAUUAUUGUAUGUCGCUACAUAUUUCACAAAUGAAUUCGCUAGAUAUAUUAGAUAGUACGAAGGAGUAUAGGUAUUACAGUAAUAUUUAGUCCACUGUAUGUCCACUGUUUCCAGUCCGUUGUGACGUAUAUUUUUUUGGGCUAAGCCAGUGGCUCUAAUUUUUUUUUUUUUUUCCGGCGCCUAUGCCACGUUCAAGUUUUCACCUGGCUGCCUGAAUUAAAUUCUUACAAGUACACUUUGAAAUAGCGAUUACAUAAACAAAAUAAAAUAAAGGGUUGGGUAAAAAACAAAUAAAAUAACAUGUAUUCAUGUAUGUAGGUCACCAUGAGUCAUCUAGCAGCAGUUACUGCAAACAAUAGUUACUCGAGUGGGUUACUGUUUGAACCACGUCCACUAAAUGUCAUAUUAAAAUAAAAGUGGAAAUAAAAUUAUAAACAUUUUACAAAUAUUUUGCUGUGCCCCUGUGAACAAGCCACAGCAACUCAGCAAAGAGGGGUGGGCACAGUCUUCAAAAAAAGUAUGCAUGGAAGGAGGGGUAAGGUCGAAUUUUUUUUACUAAGGUCGCACUAAUUAUAGAUGGCCCCUCUCGUUUGUUUGCUUCGGCGCUGUAUGACGUAAUUUUGUGACAAGUAUUUCUUACAGUUGAACCACGAUGAGUGCAGAAACAGGAAACUAUAGAAUGCAUUCUCAACUGAUCCGUGCAGCAACAUUAGAUUUUGUCAUAUUUUAUAGGAUCUGAUAAGGCCUUUGAAAAUAUUUUUGGAACGCAGAAAACAGCUUUAUGAUUUUUAACACCCCCUCUCUCUCCCUUUCACCCAUUUACAGCUUGUGCUAGUUAUCAGACUGUAAUAUCAUCAUCUACUUUUAGAAGUUACCUUUAUUGACGCCAGCUUUACUCGAUCCUACUAGUCACGCGAUGCGAGUAGUUAUUCUAUGUUGUACACAUUAUAUAUAUUUUAUUUUUAUUUAUAUACUAUUAAGAUACUGUACUGUAUGAUUUUGAGACGAUAUUGUACGAUCUUAGGAGUUCGAGGGUAAACAGGUCUGACGUGUACUUCUUAUUAAAGUUUAGUUUUGAUUCCAAGAAGACACCAUGUCUGAAAAAAAGUGGCAGAAAGUUGUGUUAAGCAUUCGUUCAAAAUACAGAGGGGCGACACAUUUUUAAAAAAAUGCAUUAAUUUGUGUGUGAUCCAUCAACUAUUAGAGCACUAAAGGAUCGGUUUAUUUCUCUUCCAGAAUCAGCAGUUUGUCCAUGGGGUCUAUGGCUCUUGCCUGGAAAUGUUGUCUCAAGGUAUUGUAGUUCUAAGUCCAUGUAAUGCGACUCGUGUGUCACAGAAGUGGGUGUUCAAGUCUGAAGGUUUAUUGGAGGUAAACAACUAGACCAGUCAACCACAACAAACAGUCAGACCUCAAGUGCACAAACCUUACUGUCAUAAUCAUUGUUGCCUUACUUUUUUUUUAGGUAAUGACUUAUCUGUCUCAAUUCAAAGAUGUUGUGAGAUGUUUUUUUUAAAGAAAUCUAUGAUGGUUCUCAAGCCAGUGAUUUAAUCUAGGAUGCAUCUCAAACUGUGAUUUAAUCAAUGAUGGUUUUGCAUAUUAGUAAUUAGAAGUGCAAGAUUUAGUAGUGUGACUACCAACCUUGAGUUGAUGUGGACAUUUGGUAAAUCUUAUUAUAUUUCUACUGCUAGUUUAUUUUAACUUGCUUAAUUGACUCUUCACUCGGGCUUUUUGUUGUUGUUGUAAACUUCAAAGUCCUUAUGAACUCCAACAUUUGAAAGAUAUCUACAAGUUAAAAUAGAUGUCAUUAUAAUUAGUUACUGGAGAAUUUUCAAAUUGAAUUGCUGUGAAUAAGAAUGCCUUGAGAAGCCACCAUUCAUUGCAGCUAUGACACCAUUAAUUGCAGCUAUGCCACCAUUUAUUGCAGCUGUGACACCAUUCAUUGCAGCGAAGCCACCAUUUAUUGCAGCUGUGACACCAUUCAUUGCAGCUAUGACAUAGAUGUGACUGGAUGUUUGAGUGCAAUUUUUAAAUGAAUGAAUGAAAUACAGGAAUACAAUCUAUACACAGGCCUAAAAGUACAUGAGUGAUUAGAGAUUUUAACUAUCCUCCAGGGCUUUAAAACUGGUGAGCAGUGCAAAUAAUUUUAUGAAUAACACCUAUUUAAAAAUAGAGUGUAACAACAUAAUUUUUUAAAAUUUAAACACUAUAAUAAUUUUGUUUAUGAUAUGAAAUUCAGAAUCAUGAUACAAUAAUUAAUGGCCAAGGAAAGAACAAAAUAACAAAGUCACAGCAUCAAAAGUAGAUAUGUGCUUGUAGAUAAGUAUGCCAUUGAACAAGACAGCACCAACAUUGGAUAUGUGCUUGUAGAUAAGUGUACCAUGGAACAAGACAGCACCAACAUAUGAUAUGUGCCUGUCGAACAAGUAUAACAAUCAACAAGACAGCACCAACAUUUUGAUAUUCCCUUGUUGUAUAACUGAAGGGACAAACAUGAAAGAGAAUGAUACAUUUGGGCCAGGUAAACAUGUACUAAAUUAAUUGCCAAAAUGGAGUAAUCAUUUUAAUUUUUUUUAAAUAUGUUAUUUUAAAACGUUGAUGUUCAAAUGGUUAACCUUUGCCGUGAGCUGAGUCUUUGUUGAAUCUUGAAUGGAGAUGUAUUAAUAUAUUAUGCAGAUCUAAACUAGUCCUCUGUGGCUAUGGAAGUUUAUGAUUUCCCCAAGCUGUGUGAUGUGUAAUGGAUUCUUAUGCCGAUAAACUUUUUAUUUGACAUUGUUCUCUGUUAGGGACGCCAAGUUUUUUGGCCUAGGCAUAAGAUGAUUUGAGGAUGAAUCGUCUCACUUUUCUCUCACUGUAAAUGUGGGAUGCUCAGACUAGUUAGUUUCACUGCACUUUCUAUAGUCAAAGGCGGUCUCACUAGGAUUCUGAUCUAUCUGUCUGUGAUUGUGCCAUCCAUCUUCUCACAACCUUGUCUGUGACUGCUAUCCAUCUUCUGGCUACUUUUUCUAUGACUGCUAUCCAUCUUCUGUCAACCUCGUCUAUGACUGCUAUCCAUCUUCUGAUAACCUUGUAUAUGACUGCUAUCCAUCUUUUGACCACCUUGUCUAUGACGCCUAUCCAUCUUCUGAUUACCUUAUCUAUGACUGCUAUCCAUCUUCUGACUACCUUACCUAUGACUGCUGUCCAUCUUCUAACAACCUUGUCUAUGACUGCUAUCCAUCUUCUAACUGCCUUCUCUAUGACUGCUGUCCAUCCUCUGACUAUCUUGUCUUUGACUGCUAACCAUCUUCUGACUACCUUAUCUAUGUCUGCUAUCCAUCUUCCAUCUUCUGACAACCUUGUCAAUGAUUGUGCCAACCACCAUCUUCUUAGUACCUUGACUAUGACUGCGCCAGCCUCCAUCUUCUGAGUAACUCAAUGACAUAGUUCUUCUUUUCUCUUUAACUUUUCAUUUGAAAACUUGUACACUUGUAUUGCAUGUGCAAGAAUUAUAAAAUUUAAAUUUUCCAUGAAAAUUUAAUAUUUUAAAAUGAUCUGCGCUAUGUUUUGAUUUUACCAUAACAUAAUUUUGCC